CUAACGUUAAACGUUGGUAUUUGAACUUGCUCCGGCCCCGCGCUAGCUGGCUAUUAGUUGGGGGAGAUACUAAGGUGGUGAGAAUGUUGGCGCUCCUCUGUACAGCGGCAAUUAUCACGUCAACCAUCGCCACCCCUCCAGGUUGCGUGGACUAUGACCCAAGAUGCCCCGAUAUUGCGGCUUCUGGUGCAUGUUGGUCGUCAAUAAUGAACAAAUACCUUGCAAAUUGUCCCCUCUCCUGCAAUGUAACAGCGCUGUGUCACCCGUCUCUAGGCGACACCGACAUUAUGUGUAGAUACUACCGAUCCAUUAAGAAAUGCGAAGAGAACAAAGAAAACUGCUCUUAUACAUGUGGCGAGGAACUUGACAAUCUCGCAUGCCCCAUCCCGCCGGAUCCGGACAACACGACGUUACUUGUGAGAAGCAACGCCUACCUGGGUCAGAUGGAACAUAUUUGUACCGGCCAGGGAUGUACUGGGAACAGCGGCGGAGAGGCGCCUCAGUACUGCACGGAGAACCGGACUUGGGUGGGGAACCAGCACGGAGUUUGUACACGUGUCUGCGAGGACAGCAUGACGCGGCGCUGGUGUAUCGUAUAUAACAACCAGUACAAUGUAUGUGUCUUCCGGCCAGCCUCGUCCUGGGGAGACUGUGGCCGGACAUGCGACGUGGGCGCCCUCUGUCACAUGGAGACAGGCGAGACCGACUGUCAGUGUGGGGAGUACGCCAGGAAAGGCCUGUGUGAGACGGACGCCAUCACAAGGAACACCUGCCCAUACACCUGCUGGAAGCGGGCAACUACCUCUUGUGGACCUCCCCCCGACUAUCCCUUUACAUACCCCAGUCAUAACGGAACUCAGUACUUGGACGUCAUCGAAAUCAAAUGUCGCCAUGGUUACAAAAGUCUCACUGGGAACCCGACGCUGGGCUGUAAUAGGUUUGGCCAGUGGGUUUUUUCAAGGCGCUUAAGGAUUUUCUGCACCCCCCUCAGACCGAAAAUCACUAGUGACGUCACUUCCGUCACAACUACCUUCAUCCUGAAGGAGACUCCGACCGGCGGCCUGACUCUUGGAUACCUCACUGACUCACCAGAACUCACCCUCCGGGACUGUCUGGAUCAGUGUCGUCUGGUGUCCACGUGCACACACGUAACCUUCCACGAGCAGACGAACAACUGCACCAUCCUGAGCAUAAUCACAACGCCACCGCGUGUCUUGAUCAAUGAAAGCUAUAUUUGGACCAAAUUGCACUGAAGUGAGUUUUGUAUUACUCCGGAAUUUGGAGUCAAAGGAUCCUAGCACGCCAUGUGACGUAAAAGUUCAUCGCGACUUGUAACUCCAAUGGCCCCUAACAACACUAGAAAAAUAAGAAUAAUCAUUAUGCUAAAUAUAAAUUUAAACGUAAUUGGCCUUUAUGCAUUAAAAGAUAAACAAAGCGGGUCUUUUUAUUACUUAAUUUACGGAUCCAACUCAAAAUUGAAAAACAAUACAGGGAAACUAUUACUUUGUGAAAUAUACAGUUUCAUUACUGCGAAACCCUAUUUCUGUUAUGAAGUAAUACCCAAAAUAGGCCAAUAUAGUGAGUGAGUGAGUGAGUGAGUUGGGUUUAAUGCCGCUUUUAACAGUAUUUCAGUUAUAUCGCGGCGUGUCAGCUUAAUGUGAGAGGAA